AUGUCCACAUUUGGGAACACGUGUUACUGCAACUCUGUGCUGCAGGCGCUGUACUUCUGCCGUCCGUUCCGGGAGAAUGUGCUGGCGUACAAGGCGCAGGCCAAGAAGCGGGAGAACCUACUGACGUGCCUGGCUGACCUCUUCCACAGCAUCGCCACGCAGAAGAAGAAGGUGGGCGUCAUCCCGCCCAAGAAGUUCAUCUCCAGGCUGAGGAAGGAGAACGACCUGUUUGACAACUAUAUGCAGCAGGAUGCACACGAGUUCCUGAACUACCUGCUGAACACGGUGGCGGACAUCUUGCAGGAGGAGAAGAAGCAGGAGAAGCAAAAUGGCCGCCUGAAGAACAAUGGAACGCCGGCCAACGCACCCUCGGACAACGCGCCCAGCAACGACCACGAGCACAAGGUGGCCGAGGCCACCUGGGUGCACGACAUCUUCCAAGGCACACUCACCAACGAGACGCGCUGCCUCAACUGCGAAACGGUCAGCAGUAAGGAUGAGGACUUCCUAGACCUGUCUGUGGACGUGGAGCAGAACACUUCAAUAACGCACUGUCUCAGGGACUUCAGUAAUACAGAGACCCUCUGCAGUGAAUAUAAAUACUACUGUGAAACAUGCUGCAGCAAACAGGAGGCCCAGAAAAGGAUGCGUGUUAAGAAGCUGCCCAUGAUCCUGGCGCUCCACCUGAAGCGCUUCAAGUACAUGGAGCAGCUGCACCGCUACACCAAGCUGUCGUACCGCGUGGUCUUCCCCCUGGAGCUGCGCCUCUUCAACACCUCCGCAGACGCCGUCAACCUCGACCGCAUGUACGACCUGGUGGCCGUGGUGGUGCACUGCGGCAGUGGGCCGAACAGAGGACACUACAUCACCAUAGUGAAGAGUCAUGGCUUCUGGCUACUGUUUGAUGACGACAUAGUGGAGAAAAUAGAUGCACAGGCUAUCGAGGAGUUCUACGGCCUGACCUCCGACAUUUCAAAGAAUUCCGAGUCGGGAUAUAUUCUCUUUUACCAGUCGCGGGAAUAGCAACGACGACAAAGUGGAAGAGGAAGAAAAUAAAGCAAGAUGACGAAGAACAGAUGAAGAGGGAGACAUAGAACAAGGGAGCACAAAGGAAGAGAGGAGAAAGGAACAACAAAAGUUGACUUGGAUAUUGACCACAAACCCCUUAUCCCUGAACGCCCCUUUUCCCAACUCCCUUUCCUUUCCUGU